AUGGCAUCCAACCUGGCCACCUGGAGCUCUUCCUUCACCUUGAAUGGUUCAGUCAUAUUUUUGAAUAUCCACACUCAUGAAAAAACGGUUUGUUUGGCGGGCCCUGCUAUACCCGAUGUCUCCCGAUAUGCCUGUGAUGCGAAAUUGACACGGCAUAAAGCCAAAGAGCCUGUCCAAGAAGGGUUCGUUCACCAGCUUAUCCAUUUGCUUCAGAGCAUUGGCCAGCAAAAGGGGCCGCAGAGUUCAAAGAUAUUGAAAAGAAAAGAGCUUGAAACAACGUUUGGCCCAACAACAUGGCAAAGACAGUCUUAUGACGCCUUUCAAGCUGCUGUCUGUUCAACGGACCCGGUAGCAUUUCCAUGUGUGUAUGCCACCAAGGGCUUCAAGGCCAAGGAGCACCGAUACAUCUUCCUGGACUCCGAAGAUAUGAACAACAAGAAGAACAUCGACAGCUUGGCCGCUGCUCUCAAAGAAUAUCUCACCACGCCGCAAUCUGAACUAGGCCCAAACACCAGCCUUGUCGUUCUUUUCCCGAUCGUUGACUCCCGGCUGACGGCUCGAGAUUAUCACCAGAAGUACUGGGACUGCCUUCGCGCUCUGAGAAAGGUUGACACCAAGGCAUGGCCUGCAAACAUUCCAACGGACACCGACACCCCGCUCUGGAAAUUUUGCUUUAAUGGUGAGCCUGUGUUCAGUGCAGCCAUGACGCCCUCCCACGAGAAACGAAGAUCGCGAUAUGCGCCAUGUUUCUGUAUUGUCUUCCAGCCAAACUUUGUAUUUGAUAUUCUCUUUGCCACGGAGUUGAAGAAGAAAGCAGCUAUCUCAAAGGUUCGGGGUCUGUUGGCCGACUACGACGAGGUGCCGAUUAGUCCUGAAUUGAAGAACUACGGCGAUGUUACCGGCAGAGAGAGCAAACAAUACUUCAUCAUGGAUGAAAAUCAUUCAUCCCCGCCAUGCCCUUACUCUUCACUUGAUUAA